AGGAAGCGGAUAUUUAGUUGUCGGGAAUUGGUUUGGAAAGAGCAAGCGAGGCCUCAUAAUGGGUAUUUGGAAUGCUCACACAUCCAUGGGGAAUAUUUCGGGUUCUUUGAUGGCUUCCUAUUUCUUGAACUAUGGCUGGGGUUGGUCUAUGGUCGUUCCUGGUUUCAUCAUUACCUUCGUUGGAUUGCUGGUCUUCUUGUUGCUACCUGUUGAUCCUGAAUCAGUACAAGUUGAUAGAGAUGAAAAUAAACCUAACAAGAUGGGGCUAGAUAUCACCAAACCCCUAUUGAACAACACCACCAAGAAAGAAUCACCAGUAGGCUUCAUGGAAGCAUGGAAAAUACCUGGAGUUGCCCCAUACGCCUGCUGCCUCUUUUUUGCCAAGUUGGUUGCUUAUACAUUUCUGUAUUGGCUCCCGUUCUACAUUAGCCACACAGCCAUAGAUGGUGAAUACUUAUCUAACCAGGCUGCUGGUAAUCUAUCUACAUUGUUCGACGUUGGAGGUGUGGUUGGAGGAAUCCUAGCCGGUCACAUUUCCGAUCGACUGAAUGCUAGAGCCAUCACAGCAGCAACCUUCAUGUAUUGUGCUAUUCCAGCUCUAUACCUCUACAGAAACUAUGGACACAUAUCUGUGACCAUAAAUGUCGUCCUCAUGUUAGUUACGGGCAUGUUUAUCAAUGGGCCCUAUGCUCUCAUAACAACGGCCGUCUCGACUGACCUCGGGACCCAUCGAUCCCUGAGAGGCAAUUCUCGAGCCCUCGCAACUGUUACAGCAAUCAUCGAUGGAACGGGGUCAAUCGGCGCUGCAAUAGGGCCGUUGCUUACAGGUUACAUUUCAAACCAGAGCUGGACUGCAGUUUUCACCAUGCUUAUGGUGGCGGCUUUCGUGGCGGGGUUGUUUCUUACCAGACUCGUGGUGGCAGAAAUAAGUACAAAAUGGCAAGAUCCACGACGUGGUUUAACAGCUGGUAUCUCCAGGUCUCCUGUAGUUGAACAAGUGUGAUCGCCUCCAAGGUUUUUCCAUAUACAGAAAGAAGACGCACUUUUGUACAUACAAUGCUAUAUACAUGAUUUUAAAUCUAUUUUGGUUAAUAUCUUGGAUGAAUGCACCUCAAGUUCUCUGAGUACCUGCUCGUUUAUGUUCUAUGGGCCAUGUUUCUUGUGGUUUUAAUGUUGAGAAACGAACAUUCAUAAGGUAGUA